UAGCGUCGGAGAGAGGCCAUUCAAGUCUGAUGAGAAGUUCCGAGAAUCCUAUUUCUGAUUUUGAUUUGCAUGGAGAUAGAAUAUAUUCAGUGGAUAAGCAUCAGAUAUUUUCAUUCAUAAAUAAAUGCUGACCGCCACUGUUGGCGUGGUUGCGGUGAAUGGAGCCUGGCUUUAAUACAUUAACUGCUAACGGUCUCAUCUCAAUGCAGAACACCUUCUAAUUAUUACAGAUUUCAACCAUCUAACGCAGUGAGGCAACAGCAGCAAGAUGUCCCUUAUACAACGUUUACAACAGCUACAGGGAGAGGGGCUACAGAAGCUCCAAGCAUUGUACAUGAACACUCAAUUUCCAAUGGAGAUUAGGUACUAUUGUGCAGCAUGGAUCGAAGCACAGGAUUGGCAGGGGAUCAAUGUAGAUGAUCUGAAUAUGGAGCCAAAUGCUAGGAUGUUAUUGCAGGAGUUAAUCCAGCAAGUGAACCAGAAGGCUGAAGGUUUAUCAACAGAUGAAAUGAUGUUUCCGAUACGGCUUAAGUUAUAUCAAUUUGCACGCGAGUUAGACCAACGCUGGAGUAUAUCCCCAUUAAGCUUUGUAAGGACAAUAAGGUAUUGCAUCGAAGUAGAGCACAGUCUAGUUGAUGAUGUUGGUGGAACUUUUUCAAGGUCACCUAUGUCGGAUAGCCAUGAAAAUAUUGAAACAACUUUACAAGAGUUAAGAGUUAUGACAGCUGACACAGAAAAGGAUCUAGAUAAUUUACAACAGAAGCAAGAAAUGUUUGUAUUUCAAUACCAAGAAAAUCUUAAACUUCAAAAUCAGUUAGCUCAAUUACAAUUACUUCCGGAGCGAGAUCCUAAUCGCAUGGCACAGGAACCUACACUGAAGCAGAAAAAGCAAGAUUUAGAGGGCGUUUUGCAGUCAGAAGCUCAACGUCUUUUAGGCAUGAGAAUUAAUUUGGCUGAUAAACACAAAAGAAUGUUUGAGAAAAUUAAAGAAGUACAACAUACAGUAUUAGAAGAUGAGCUGAUACAAUGGAAACGACGACAGCAGCUAGCUGGAAUUGGAGGGCCUCCAGAAGGCACCCUUGAUCAGUUACAAAAAUGGUGUGAGGUGUUAGCUGAAAUCACAUGGCACAAUAGGCAACAAAUCAAGAAAGUGGAGCUGCUAAGGCAGCAGCUUCCUAUGAAUGUACCCGGAAAUGACCUUCUCCCUGAAUUGAAUACGACAAUUACAGCUCUCCUCUCAACACUUGUCACAAGUACAUUCAUAAUUGAGAAGCAGCCCCCACAAGUCCUAAAGAAGGAAACUAGGUUUGCUGCCUCAGUACGGUUACUGGUAGGGGGUAAACUGAAUGUUCACAUGAAUCCACCACAAGUUAAAGCUACCAUCGUCAGUGAAGCUCAAGCAAAGAAUUUACUCAACAAUGAUAACUUAGGAAUGAAUGAAACAAGUGGAGAUAUCUUGAACAACUGUGGUGUCAUGGAGUACCACAAAGAGUCUGGAAACCUUACAGUUACAUUUAGGAAUAUGUCACUGAAGAGGAUCCGACGAGCAGAUAGAAGGGGGUCAGAGUUUGUCACAGAAGAAAAGUUUACAAUCUUGUUCCAAUCAACAUUUUCAAUAGCUAGUGGUGAAUUGAUGUUCCAAGUUAGGACGAUGUCCCUCCCAGUUGUAGUUAUCGUCCAUGGCAACCAGGAAUCCAACGCAUUGGCCACUGUUUUGUGGGACAAUGCCUUUGCAGAGCCAGGAAGGGUCCCAUUUUCAGUGCCAGAUAGAGUAUUGUGGCCAGACAUGGGAAAGGCUCUGAACUCCAAGUUCAUGUCGGCUAAUGGUCGAAGCCUAUCGCUAGAGAACUUAAACUACUUAGCACAGAAGGCUUUCAGUGGGCAAAAUAUCAACACUGAUGAUUACUCGCAGUUGCAAAUUUCAUGGAGUACCUUUAAUAGGGAUCCUUUGCCAGGUAGGAGUUUCACAUUUUGGAAGUGGUUUCAUGGAGUUCAAGAGCUCACACGGAAGCAUUUACGAGGACCAUGGAAUGAUGGGUCUAUCAUGGGUUUUGUAAGCAGAGGUCAAGCCCAAGAUUUACUGCUUAGCCGACCACAUGGUAACUUCUUGUUACGCUUCAGUGAUUCGGAAAUUGGAGGAGUCACAAUAGCAUGGUCUGGGGAUGAUCCUCAAACAGGAACGAGUCAGGUUUGGAAUUUGCAGCCUUUCACCGGUGAAGAUUUCAAUAUCCGUUCACUUGCUGACCGCAUACAAGAUCUACCGCAUCUGGUUUACCUUUACCCCGAUAUCCCAAAGGACACCGCUUUCAGAUCAUAUUAUACACCGAUGUCAGAUCAACCACUUACGACAAACAGCGGCUAUGUAGGCUCAGUUCUUAUUAGUAAAAUUCCACAUAUUCCAGUCUCUUGUCAAGACAACCCAGCAACACCUAGUUCAUCAUACAAUCCUGGUUACGAUCCUCAGUCACCAGGAUCGUCAUGUCCACCAUCAGUAGGCAGUAUGCAUGGCGACCAACAAGCCAUGGGCAAUAUGCAAGAAUCUAUGAUGAAUGAUAUUGGUUCUGACUAUCCAGGCGGCUUUGACGAAGACUUCGAUUUUAGCUCUGUCUCCCUUGAUGACUACACCCAAGAAUACGUCCCUGACAUACCGAUGGAGGUGAUGGAGGAACUUCUAAGAGGGUUUGGGGUCGAAACUUAACGUCAUCUGCUGUUCGUCAGGAACCUGAGCAACGCAAGCACAGCUUAUUCAACCCUGACAUAUAACAGAUUUGUAACAAAAUGUAGUUAAACAAAAUGUGUGGUAUAUGUUAAACAUCACCAUACAAGAUUCUGGAAUGUACUGUAAUCUAUAAAACCUGUGUUGUAUUCUGCAUGUAAAGCCAAAAUAUCACCAGAAUAAUGAAAUAUAUAUUGUUAUACUGUAUAAUCUUACUUAUUAAUUCACAACACUACAAGAGAGGUGACAAAUUAUUCGAUCUUGUAAUCUCAAAUUCUGCUAUUCAAAUGAAUUGUUCUCUUCCAGUGUGUUUUAUUCUGUUGCUUUUUCUCGUGCAAGUAACUUGUAAAGAAUUGCUUAUUGUGUGUGUUCAAUCUACAGAUGCAAGAUCUGCAUGCUUCUAAUCAUUCAUGCUAUCUCUACCAAGAAAACCAAGUCAUUUAACUGCAUGAGUGUGUACUGUAACAUAUUAUUUUGUUCUGUGUGCUUUGUACACUUUUUGUCAAAUUAUGUAUUUGUAAACACACUCAAACAUUGUUAAUUCAUAUAAAGCUUAUGUUUGCAUAUCGAUGCGGAUUACAAAUUGAAAUUUGUCAAAUUGUUUUCAUUAAUGCCAGGAAUGAUUGACACUUUACAGAAAGAUUUUUAAACUAUAUUAAAUGCUAUAAGAUAACGCUUGCAAUUGAGGAAGACAGACUGAUAUCUGUUGUCUCUGUAAGAGCAACAACUACAAGCAUUUUAAUCUACAUCAUAUGUAGAUUAAUACAUUAGUUUUCUUAAAUUUAACAUAGAAUUUAAGUACUCCAUCUUUUUUAGCUGAAUGUAAAUACACACUUGUAAAUGUCGGUGACAGAACUAAGAUCGGACUUUGAAAUCAUGUUGGAAUACAGAUGAUAGAAGUGUACAAAAUUGCAUGACUGUAAAAAAUAUUCAACGAAUAUUUACUGAAAAUGGUUUUGAAAAAGCUGAUAUGAAUUAUCAUUGCUGGUCGCUUGAUUUUGAUAAAGGGGAGAUGGAUUUUUUAAAGAAGAAAAUUGGCAAAAAGUGAACUGAUUGGACAGGGCUGCUGAAUUUAUGAGGGGACAUCGUGUGAAGUAGAUGAAGAUUUUGGAAAAAUGUGCCAAGUGAAGGAUUCAUUUUGACGUUCUCUCAACCUUAUCCGAUGGUGCUUUUGAACUUUGAACUUGAAAACUCGAAGAUCCUCAGCAGUUUGUUUUAAGGUGUAAAUUAAAUAGGGGUUAUUUCUAUGUUUUGUAUACAUCCAUUUUCAUGUGUUUUUAUAUGAUGCCGGAUGGUUGAAGAUUGAGCUGUAGUAGUAUAGUUUUGAAGAGGUAUUUAACACAAGCAUAUUUUUCACCUCUCACUCGCACAGAGAACCUUGUUGCACCAGAAAUCAAAAUCUUAUGUUGUUACCAUGAUCGUCAUGAUAAGAAUAUAUAUUUUAGAAUAAUUUCACAGUUCAGCCGUUUAUUUAGAAUAGAGUUUUUGUUUAAACUAAUAAACCAAAGUGACACUUGUAAUAAAGCUACUGAACUGAUCCAGAGGAUUAAAAAAAAAUAAUUUUUACUAAAAUUAGAUUUCUAAUUAUAUUGAGCACGAGGUGCAACAUGAUUCCUGUGAAUGGGAGAGUACAUUUUGGUUUAUCAUAAUAUUCAGUAAUUCUUUUGGUUUCGUGGAUGACUACAGAUGAAUGAUAUGGCAUCACCACAGACUUAAUAACAACACAUAUGAUAACACUAUAUCAACUGCAGAAUACUAGGAAAUUUGUACAGAAGUUAAAAAUGUGGAGCCUGUAAAAUUGCUGCAAAUUUAUUAUAUCACUGAUAUCACUAUAGAUAUAUGAAGUAUCAUAGAUUGACUGUAUGAUGUGACUACAGACUUGUUUUUCCAGGGAACAACAUAAUGUACAGUAUAGCAUUUUUUCCAACACCUUGAAGGAUUUGCCUCAUGGUUAAAAAAACAUAAAAUCAUGUUGAUAAUAUUGGUGCAGCAACAAGCAAUUUUACCAUCAAUAUUAUUGUAUCAAAUUUGUUAAUAUACUGCCUGAAUUUCAUGGAAAUAAUUGUCCCAAUGCUACUUUAAAAAUAUGAUUGUUAUAAUGUUAACCAUGCAGAGGUAACCAUCAGCAACUGUUAUUGAAAGUUAAACCUUAAAAGAAUUGUUGAUUAAAUUAUUGUAUGCAGCCUUUAGAACCUUCAAACUUGGUUGUUUUUUGUUUUGGUUUUUUUUUUCUGUCAAGGUAGAAUCUAUAUUUGGAUCAUAAAAUAAUGUGAAUCAUUUGUAGAUCUUGUAUCUAUUCCAAUGAAUAUCCAAAGUAUUGUACAAUGUAUUUUUUAUCUUGUUUUCUCUUGACAAUGAUUAGAGUCUGCAUGUUUUCUUCCCAAUUUCAGUUUGAAAUUAUGUUGAGAUAUGCCAACAUUUUUAAGAAUAUAGCCCAGAAAAUAAUAUUGUUAAUGUGACGUAUUGGCGCAUGUAUGAAAACAUAAUUGCGCAGGUAAAAGUAAAUGUGUUAUAGCUUCUAUAACUGUGUAAUGCGUAGACAAGCGCACUAAACUUAGUCAUUUGUGUUAACGACAAAAAUAGCAAAGUCUAAAUAUGUCCACCUUUGUUGAAAAUUUUCAUGCUAUCAACAGGCAAAGGGGUAGCUAUAUGUCGAUCUAUAGCUUCAAACCAGGCAGCCAUGUUGACAUGAUCACUUUUGCUAAAAUUUAAAAAAAUCUCCUAUUAUGAUGUCAGCAACAAAUUGGCAGCAACUUUGUGUAUGUCCACAUUUGUUUAUGAGGUAUUCAUAGUAUUAAAAAAUUGGAUAUCCAUUUAUAUGCCCACAAUUACUAGACACAUUGAUCGAUAGUGUCAACAUCGAAAGAGGUGACCAUGUUAAUAUGUCCACUUUUGCUGAAAAUGUACAUCUAUUUAUAUAUAUAUUUUCAGCUUGGCUUGGGUUGUAUUCAUACAAUUGAUAUUGAAUGGUAGUUAAUAACAAGUCAAGAUUCACAUUUGCUUCAUAUGAGAAGUUGAUUCUGAAUGUAAAGUAAUGUUUCGUUCAGGAGACCUGUUUAUUGCCUGUAAGUGAGGGAGUAAAUAUACCAUAGAUUAUAGAUGUCCUGAAAAGGUGAAUUGUUUAUGUAUCAAACGUAGGUAAAUUUGAUUAUAUGAAUGUUUUAUUUUAAUAUGCAUUCGCCAGAGUUGUCAUAUCCGUAGUUUUAUUGUACGCGACCAUAUUUUUGGAACAAAAUUGGAAAAAUGUACUAAGAUGAACAAGCAUUUGUAUGUUUAUAUAUUUUUUUUAGUGAAAGUUAUUACAUAACAUUGUUUAGUUUCAAUUCCAUUUUUUGUAGUUCUUAAAUAGCUUGACGGUAAUUUGCUGAUACAGUAGUUUUUUUCUAUUGUAGGUUAUGCUAAGAUUGUCUGCUAUUAUAUGAUUUCAAUAAAUCAUCCUCCUGGAUUGUCAGA